AUGUCGCAGCUUCGGCACGGCAGCGACAACAAUCCCAGUCUCAACCAGCCAUCUGCAGCGUACUCCGUUUCACCCAAAACGAGGGAUGCAGAAUUCCCACGUUCCCCGUUGACAGGAAAUCUUAUUCCUCGUGACUACUUAGUUGCGCGAGCCGACGCCCAGCCCUUACGUUCUGGGGUUGUCGCUGGUACUGGCCCCCGCAAACCAACGCCCUCCCCCUUGAAUACAAGUGACUGUUGUCGAGAAGACAGUCAAGACAAUUUCGGCUUGUUACAGAGUCCUGUAUCCCCUCGAUCAUCCGUUAAAACAGCUCCGCCGCCCAACCAUUCUUCGACUAGUCGAAUAGCCCAUGCUGCGUUUGCUGCAUUGCCCUCAAAACUAUCCGGUUCUGGCCAGAAGUUGACCACAUCGUCGGCAGGCGAUAGGGCGCGUGGUGACCUGAAACAGCAUGGUAGAGGUAUGACUGCGAUAGAAGACAUCGGAGCACGCAAAUUAUCGGAUACAGGUGACUCGGUGCAGUCACCAACAUCAUCUCCAGUAUCACUACUGGACUCCUUGCAAUCAAUGUCUGGGGACCGAACGCCGGGGCACCGUAUUAUGCCCCGCACUUCAUCAAUUGAUUCUGCAAUCUCUUCUCUGUCGUCAGCGUCUCAACCCCAUAAGUCGUCGUUCGAUGCCAGCGCGGUCAGCCAAGCUGAUAUCGAUCACCUUAUAGCAACCGCAGGAUCCCCCGAGGCUGUUAUCAUACAUCUCCUGAAGGAGAAGCAUCAUGCAGCCUCUCAGAAUGCGCAACUCUGGAGACUGGUGGACAAGCAGCGGACUUUGAUACUUGGCCUGAAUAAGGAUCUUGAGCGCGCCUUGAAAGAGAAGGAGCGAUAUAAGAAAAAGGCCAAAGAGCUACAGAAUUCUAUACCUCCGGUGCCAUCCAAUACUGAUCACAUUGUUCAGUCUCGAGGUGCCGAUAAUGGGGUCAUCCGUGUCAGUCAGGAUUUAUCAAAGCAAGAACAGGACCAGGGCGAAUCAUCAGAGGCGAAGAGCACGAAUGUGGGCAUGCAGGAUCUCUGCGACAGCCCCGUUCUCGCCCCGAGAGCGAAAACAGAUCUUUUGUCUCCUGCCGGACCAGACUCCCCGUGCCUGAAUACGACAUCGCCCACUGAGUUUGACACCGCGCGGCCUGAACAAACAGAGCAUUUCGAUCAGCACUUAAAUUCGCAAUCGCUCGUUUACUCGCGGAAAGAAAUGUCAGCAGCAAGCCCAACUUCUUUGGCCAGUUCUAGCUCAGCUCUGAACGAGACCCUGCCAGCGGAGGAUAGACAACAGAGACUUCCUCAUCCUUCCCGCAAGCCUCCUCCUGCCCCACUGAAGCUCGGACAAGCACAACCUGCAGCUAUGGAGAACUCCGGCAUUUAUGAUUCAGAAUCCGAUUACGAAGAUAUUCUGGAGGUCGACGAAUUGCCGGUUGAGCGUGGUAGGCGGAAAACGAGGGGUGACGAUGAUCGAGAACGGGAAGCAGCCCUUGACAGGGAAAUGGGCGCUUUUAAGGCUACUGAAGAAGAGACACCACAAACAUAUCUUUCAGGCAAAACGUCUACCAGUGGACUGACACUCGGGAUAUCUGAGGGCCCCCGACAACACCUUUCGUCGUCCUCUCCAAUUGAAAAUCAGGAUUCUCUGACUUCUGUUCAAAGCCCUCGAAACAACCAUGCGCCAUCUUUGAACGAUCAACCCGCAUUCGCAGUCCCGAAGAGUCCGGGACUGCCUCUCAGCCCAAGACCAGAAGAUCGCCCUAUAGGCUCUCCCUUGCCCCGGAUGCCCAGGGAAGUGCCAAACUCAUUGGCACAUCUGCCGAUGUCUUCAGAGAAUAGCCUCGCAGGCUUAGCCCUGUCCCCGCGCGCUACUCAUCAUCCAAAUCCCUUUGCUCCCGGAGCUUCUAUGUCUACUGAUACUAGUCCUUCGCAUAUUGAUGCUACCCACAGGCCUAUUCCCACAAUCGACCAUGGCUCGAGAAAGGGCAAUCCUCGGUCACCCUGCCCUCCUGCCACCGGGAUAUAUCGAGGCCUGAUGUCUGAGGAUUUCCCCGGUCUUCUUUUGCCUCCGAACGCUCUUCCUUUGAUACGAGUGAAGGUCUCUUCGUCGCGACUUAGGCCUUCUAGAAACAGCUAUAUGGCACCAAAGCCCUCCGAAGAAGAGCCAGUAUUCACCCUGGGUGUCUUUUCGCGGUCAGAGAACCUAGAACUUUGGCGCGUAGAGAAAGUCGUCGCGGCCCUCCCGCAGCUGGAUCAACAGAUAAGACAAUCGUCUGCUUUGUGGAUGAAACUGCCAGAUAGAUCGAUUUUCAGCGGUCAUUCCCCUGCGAAAAUCGACGCGAGACGUGCGGCCUUGAAUUCCUACUUCGAAGCUCUGCUUGACACACCCGUAGACGAGAGAGCGGCAUUAGCGAUCUGCCAGUUUCUUACUUUGGAUGCAAUUGAGCCGCGAGAUGACGAGUCAAGUUUGCUGAAGGGCAACAGUAAAGCGACCUCGGAAGCUUUGGCAGGUCAAGAUGGAAAACCCCAAAAGGAAGGGUAUUUGACAAAAAGGGGCAAGAAUUUUGGCGGCUGGAAAGCACGAUACUUCAUACUCUAUGGGCCUGAGUUGAAGUAUUUUGAAUCGCCAGGUGGUCCUCACCUCGGGACUAUCAAGAUUUUCAAUGCUCAGAUCGGCAAGCAAUCGCACCCCCCAAAUAACUCAAAUAACCCUUUGUCCGGGGCCGAAGAUGACACUGAAAACCAAUACCGACACGCCUUUCUCAUAUUGGAACCGAAAAGAAAAGACUCAUCAGCGCUUGUGAGGCACGUGCUCUGCGCUGAGAGCGAUGAAGAAAGGGAUGCUUGGGUCGAAGCACUCCUGGCAUAUGUUGAGGGACAAUCGGAUAAUGAGGGCACAGAGAACACGUCGCCGCAGAGUCAAGUUUCAACCCAAGCAAGACAUGUCUCUCAAUCAACCUCGAAAUCUAAACUCUUCGCAGGUGGGGGCAAAAAGAGUGGCAAGGGAAUGAACAACGCGGAGAUGGACUUGACCGAUACUGUGCAAGGAUUCAGUUAUGAUGAUGCUGUUCCUGCGGAACCGCCUCUUCUGGGUCCUCCACCCGAAAAGCAACCACCGAGAUCCCCCAUGUUCCCAUUAGAGGCAGCAAUGGAAUCUUUGGAUACAAACCCGGCUUUGGAUCAUGUUCAGCUCUCAUCUAAGGUGAUAUCUGGACCUACAAACGGUACAGUGAUCCAGGAUGCAGGGGCCUGGGGCAAUAAAACCGUCACUAGCACCAAGGAGAAGAAGCGCAGCAUCUGGGGUUUCCGCACAAGGUCAUCGUAUGAUCUUGCCUCGCAGCUGCAGGCGAGUCAAGAACCUUCGUCAGCUCAAGCACUCGUGAAUCCUUCUACAGAAAGGAAAGACCUCGUCAGGCCUGUAUUCGGAAUACCCUUGGCGGAGGCUGUGCAGCACUGCGCUCCACAAGGUAUUGACGUCGAUUUACCAGCUGUUGUCUAUCGCUGCAUUGAGUAUCUCAAGGCGAAGGGAGCAGCAACAGAGGAAGGUAUAUUUCGAUUAAGCGGUUCCAAUGUGGUCGUCAAAGCGCUGAAGGAACGCUUCAAUACUGAAGGGGAUGUUGACUUCCUUGCUGGUGAUGAGUACUACGAUGUUCAUGCUGUGGCCAGUCUUUUCAAGCAAUAUCUACGGGAGCUCCCAACAACUGUUCUUACUCGUGAACUACAUCUGGAUUUUCUACGUGUGCUCGAAUUGGAUGAGCGGCAGAAGAAAAUCCUGGCAUUUAAUUCACUUAUCCACAGGCUCCCACGGCCAAACCUGGCCUUAUUACGAGCACUAGUUCAGUUUUUGAUUAUUAUUGUCAACAACUCCGAAGUGAACAAGAUGACAAUCAGAAAUGUCGGCAUUGUCUUUGCACCAACGCUCAACAUUCCAGCCCCAGUUUUCUCCAUGUUCCUCACAGACUUUGAGAGCAUAUUUGAUAAAAUGCCAGAAGGCCGGUUAGAACCAGCAGAGCUUAAAGUUGAUCGGCCGGCGCUCCCAGAAGACAUCCGCUCUCCACGCCAUCAGAUGUUCUCAGAUUUGCCCACGCCUGCGUAUAACCAAACAACGUUUCGCAGGCCCACAGAAGUCGCAGAUGAUUUACGACAUGACACGGGGUUUAUUUCAAUGCAGCCAAGUUAUGAGCAAUCGUCUCAUAACCCAGUGGAACAUUACAACCGGCAGCCGGAUUCCCCAGCUAUGAAUAGAAUGUUGAUGCCCACCGUUGAUAAUUCCCGUUCUGCUAAGGCCAAGAGAAGGGAGAGCUCUAUGUUGUUCAUGGAAUACAACCACCAAAGCUCAGGUCUCCCAGCUAUGCGCGAUGAUCAGAGUGAAUGA